AUGGUGAAAAAAGGGGCUACGAAAAAGAAAACCAAAAUAAGGGCGUAUGAUAUUGAUGAAUCUAAAAGAAUAUUUUUAUAUGCCUAUGAACACCAACUGAAAAAUGAAAAAAUUAACUGGAAGAAGGCUGAAGAAAUCAGAGUAACUAGCCAUAGCGCAAGUUCAAUGAGAAGCCAUUAUGUAAAUUCUAUAAAAAAUGAAGUGUCUUUGUAUUUAGAGAUGUAUGCUGAAGAAGUAGCUAAACUUUUUGUUAAAGUGAAGAAAUGGAAAAAAGAAGAAAAGAAAAAAAAUAUUUUACUUUUUCAAAAUACUACGUUAGUUAAACAAAGGUCUAACAUUUCUUUAGACAGAAUAACAAAAUGUAAAAGUACAAAUUAUAAUAAAUUUAAUUCCUUAAUAAUCAGCAAAUCCUUUUCUAUGAAAGGGAAUCAUAGCGUCAGGAACAAGCAAAACUGUUCUAUUAAUAGAAGAAAUAAUACGAACGAGAAUAAAAAGAAGAAGAAAAAAGAAGAUGUAUAUAUCAGUAAUAAUCGGACGACAAAUGAACUCAAAGAAACUAAAAAAUCCAUGAAAAAGAAUAAAUUAAAGCAAGUAAAAUUUGUACAAAAAGAUCAUGCUUUAACAAAAAAGAAAAAAAUAAAUAAAAAGAAAAAUAAUAAUUUAUCGAAAAAUAAUAAUUUAUCUCAAAAAAAUAUAACAAUUAAAAAUAAAUUAGAGAGAACAAAUAAAACCACCAAUAAUUCGUUUAAUACAGAUGGAAAUGAAAAAAUGUAUAAAAAGAUAUGCGAAAAGGAAUUAGGGCACCAUCCACAAAUGUCCGAAAAUUAUCAAAAAAAGGGAAUAGAUAUAACCCAUGGAAAUAGGGAAAAUAAAAAAAAUAAUAAAAUUGUCAAGGAUGAAAAGACGAUACAGAUGAUGUUAGAAAGAGCAUAUUCUGUCGAAUUAAUAGAUAACGAAUCAGACGAAAUGAGUAAAUCAGAGGAGCUUGAAAUGUUAAAAAUUCUACACAAAAACAUGCCAACAGAGGAAUAUUUGCAACACUCAAGACCAGGAAAAAGACACAGUGAGAAAAAUUCUCCUUUUCAAAAUAAAACCAAAAAGGCCAAGUAUAAAUCGAUGAAUUGCAACUCUAAGGAGUAUAACAAAAUAAAUAAGCCAUACGACGCUAGCAUACCACAAAGUAACAUUGGAGAAAAUGAAAAAAAUUCAAUAACUUCUAUUUUCGGGUACAUUUACAAUAAGAUAUUUCACUAA